ACAAAUUCGCAAUAAAACAGCACAUCGACUCUGCCGGUGUACCAGGGUGUGGUUCUAUCCUAUAUAAAGUGUCACUGCUAUCCGAAGUUAUCAGAGUCGUUGCUGCGGUAGUCGGCUAGUCACUGUCCAAAACUAUCAAAAGACAAUGAGAGCUUGCGUGGUAUUUCUUGUGGUUGCUGUGGUUUCCGGCGGCAUGGCCAAACCGCCAGGACUCAUCUUAGGCUACCAGGAUACUCUGGGACAGUACAGCUUCGGAUAUAGCGCACCAGAUUCCGCCAGAUCGGAAGUCCGUGCUCUGGACGGAACCACCAGAGGAUCUUACAGCUACAUAGAUGGCGCUGGUGUCAUCCAAAGUGCAGAUUAUACUGCAGAUGGCGAUAAUGGUUUCCGCGUGGCAGCCACCAACUUACCACAGGCACCGGUACCAGUACAAGAGACACCGGAAGUCGCCGCAGCAAGGGUAGCUCAUCUGGAGGCUUUGCAGAAGGCUGGAGCCAGCCUUGCCAAUUCUGACAACGCUGGAAUCGUAGUGGAGAACGUGGAGAACCAACCCAUCGUGAAAUCCGUAGAGAAUGAGAGACCAGCGGAAAGUGCACCGGAAGUAACGCAGGGAAACCUUCAAGAAGCCGUCGCAGAAAAAUCAGAUGUCCCUGCGGAGUCUCGUUCAGCAGAGCAGGCGCCUGACACGGUCGAGAUCCAAUCUGCAACUAACAGUGAAGCUGUUAACGAGGAUUCAAUUAAUAGAUCAGCAGAACCGAAUGAAAAACCUUCGAUCAUACAGUCUGUGGCUACGCCUCUGCUGAUACCAGUGAAUCUGAAUGUGCAACCCUUGGGUGCAAUCGAGGUCACAGGGUUGGGAAAGGCCGGCGAGAUCCCUCAGGCAUCUUUGAGUCAAGAUGGCAACAAUGCGAUCACUCCCGCAGGAACAGUCUUGAAAGCCUCGAAUCAGCAAAGUCCGAUCGAACAGAAAUCAGUUCCGGUGGAAUCUGCAGAAUCGGCAAUAAUUCCUGCAGGAUAUAACCAAAUUCAGUUCCAACAACAAAGGGCCGUGUAUUCGCCAUACAUCCUUCCUCUGGGCUACAGUUCGGCAAUCGGUUCGAUCCAACCCAUCGUUCGAUACACACCGAUACCAUACGUGACCUACAAUCUCCUAUAAUUGAACAAAAUCGAUUUUGCUUCACUCUACACAUGACACGACCACUUAUCGAUCCCUCUAGCCAAUGGAUGACGAUAUCGAUUAUUCUUAAUUAAUUAAAGGACUCGACGGAUGGAUCGGUGAGAAUCGAUAUUUUUUUUUUCAAUAAAAUAAAUUCAAUCGUUUUCGGUUCUACUUGCCCCCUAUAAAAAAAAAGCAAGCAGUUCGGAAUCUACACAGGAUAAUUAAAAUAAUAAAAUUGGUAACAGUAGUAGCUAUAGAAAAAAAAAAACAUUUCUACAAAUAAAAUAUCUGUCUAAGCUGACAUUAUAAUUUUUCCUAAUUCGUAUCACACGUUAAAUAAAAUACAAAGAAAAACAAAAAUUGUAAUUUUACACACCACAUGGAAUUGAGCAUCAACCAAAUUGUCCCGUUUGCGUUUGUCAAGACUUUUUAUUCUUCUUUACAAAAUAACGCAAAAAUUGUGAACAAUAAAAAGGAGGAAUAUGCAUGUAUAAUAAUAUAUAAUAGUAUCUAAUAUAAUAUAAUAGUAAUAAUGUAUGUACGUAGAUAUACAAUACCUUUUAACUCCUAAGGAUAAUUCUAUUUAAUAAACCGACGUGGAAUCAUAAA